UGGUUAUUUUUCGCUUAGUGAGCAUUCACUCAACGAUUGCAUAACAUUCUUGAAUCAUUCAAGUUGAAUGCAUUUCAAUAUGCAAAACUAGAGUGCUCGUUCACACGACGGCUUUACUGGAUGCACCCAUUUGACAUAUGUCUAAAUGUGCAUUUCUCCAUACGUUAAAUUUUUCUGCGAAUUUUUGUUUUCUGUGAAACAAGAUGACAGCUAAUCCAGGUAGUACUGAUCGAUAUGUUGGUGGUGAUCAAGGAGAAAAGGACCUAUUAUCAUCCAUAGAAGAUAAACACUAUGAUAUUGUUAAUGAAAAAGGUGAUUAUAGCACAUCGACCAAACCAGAUAUGCGCAGUUUUACCAAGGACAUGAUCAUCAAAGAAUCGGAGCAUAAUGUAGUAGCAGAUUCUGAAUCAGCAACGCAAUCGUCAUAUACAUUAUCGACAAUAAUUAGCGCUGGAGAUAAUCUUGAGGAAGAUAACAAGACCAAAAGCACGGAAUCUUCUGACAGUGAAAUUAUUAUUAUUGAUGGAGGUGUGCCAGGUACUUAUAAGACAGAUACUUCCAGGCCACAAAAUACUAAAUUUAAAACUGACUUCACUGUACAUGGUGCAAAACAUAAUGUUGACAAUGUGAGAGCGGGUGAAUCACUAAAGAUAAAGAAGUAUGAUCCUACUAUUGAUGAUAAUUUACCGGAAACUGUGACGGUACUGACCGCACAGAACGGAGGAAAAUUAUAUUUAGUAGGAACAGCACAUUUCAGUAUUGAGAGCCAGAACGAUGUGUCGAAAAUUAUACAAGCUGUACAGCCUCACGUCGUAGCCGUUGAAUUAUGCAAAGCUAGAGUCGGUAUAUUACAGCUCGAUGAGGAAGCCUUGUUUUCUUACACCAAGGACAUUAGUUACAAAACUAUCAUGGAUACCGUCAAAAGGGAGGGAUUUUAUAAUGGUUUACUGCACAUUUUAUUGCUAAGAAUGGCAGCUCACGUGGCCAAGCAACUCGAUAUGCCACCGGGAGGUGAAUUUCGGAGGGCAUUUGAGGAGGCGAAGAAAAUACCGAAUUGUAUCGUUCACCUAGCUGACCGACCAAUCAGCAUAACAAUGAAACGCGCGAUUCGAUUGUUAUCUUGGUGGCAGACCCUAAGACUGGGAUGGCAUUUGGCCGUAAUGAAAGAUCCCAUUACCCAGGCGGAUGUCGAACUUUGUAAAGAACGAUCAAUGCUGGACGAAAUGAUCGCCAGUAUGAAGGAACAAUUCCCAGUAUUGGGAGAAGUGUUCGUCAAGGAGAGGGAUAUCUAUUUAACGAAUUCGUUGCAACUAGCCUGUCAUCUUCGUACCAAUGAUCCCGAACCGACGCGAGUCGUAGGAAUCGUUGGUCUAGGCCACACGCCCGGCAUCAUUGAAAACUGGGGUAAAGUCAUACAGACCGAUAUACCACCUAUAAUGAGUGUACCACCACCAUCGUUGUCCAGUAAAAUUUUAAAAGUAACCGUCAAGGCGUCGAUACUUGGUGCUGUCAUGUACGCAAGUUACAAAAUCCUAAAGGUACCCGCUACCAUCACAUUUCACACUUUCAAGUCAUCGGUCGAGGGACUUCUACAGGUUGGUGCAGCGCGAUAGGCGAAUUUGGGUUUUACCUAUCUAACU